AAAGUGGAUAACUUCCGUUUGGUUACGUGUUGUAAAUGGAGCCGCUUGUUUAAGAUAAUAGAACCGGUCUCGUGGCACAAGGAUAUUGUGUAUAAUUUAUAAUGAGAUUUAUAAACAAAUUUCUUUGUUUUGUUACAAUAUUCGGAGUAACGAAUGCUGGGGGACCUACAUUGGUUUUACUCGAUAAUUUAGCCAUAAAAGAAACACAUUCCAUAUUUUUCAAGACUCUACAGGAUAGUGGAUACACGUUAACAUUUAAAUUAGCAGAUGAUGCUAAUCUACAGCUUUCCAAGUAUGGAGAAUAUUUGUAUCAGCAUUUAAUAAUAUUUGCCCCUUCUGUGGAAGAGUUUGGAGGAAUAUUGAGUGUUGAAGCAAUAACGGACUUCAUUGAUGGUGGUGGUAAUGUCUUGGUUGCUGGUUCAUCUCAGUCUGGAGAUGCUCUUCAUGAAUUAGCUUCAGAAUGUGGUUUUGAAAUUGAUGAAGAAGGUUCUGCGGUCAUUGAUCAUUUAAAUUAUGAUGUUUCUGAUAAUGGUUACCAUACAAAAAUAGUAGCAGACUCUGUCAAUUUAAUAGAUGCUUCUGCAAUUGUUGGAAGUAAAAACGUACCACCUUUACUCUACCAAGGAACUGGAUUGAUUGCAGAUAUAGAAAAUCCUUUAAUUCUACGUUUAUUAACAGCAUCUAGUUCAGCAUACUCUUACAAUCCGCAGACUCCCAUAAAGGAGUAUCCACAUGCAGUAGGCAAAAAUACAUUGUUGAUUGCUGCUCUACAAGCAAGGAAUAAUGCCAGAGUAGUAUUCUCUGGUUCAUUGUACUUUUUUAGUGAUGAAGCUUUCUCCAGUUCUAUUCAGAAAGUCCAAGGUGGCCAAAAAUACGAGAAAUCUGGAAAUGAAGCCGUAGCAACGAUGAUCGCUCGCUGGGUGUUCAAGGAGAAUGGUGUGAUCCGUGUCUCCACUGUUCAUCACCAUAGAGUUGGAGAAUCUGCUCCUCCAGCAGCUUAUACUAUCAUGGAUGAUGUAGUUUAUUCUAUCGAAAUUCAGAAAUUAGCAAGAGACAAAUGGAUCCCUUAUGAAACAAAUGAUUUACAAUUAGAAUUCGUUAGAAUAGAUCCUUUCGUUCGUAUGACCAUGAAACCCGUAGGCGAUGGUCGAUAUGAAGCGAGAUUUAAGAUCCCUGACGUUUACGGAGUUUAUCAGUUCAAAGUAGAUUAUACCCGCAUUGGUUUGACGCAUCUGUAUAGUACCACUCAAGUAUCUGUUCGUCCCCUGCAACACACUCAAUAUGAACGCUUCAUACCCAGUGCAUUCCCUUAUUAUAUAAGUGCGUUUUCAAUGAUGGGCGGUGUGUUCUUAUUUUCUCUGGUGUUCUUACAUUAUAAAGAAGACACAAAACCGAAGGCUGAAUAAAUUUAACGUUAAUGAAACGUACGAGAUAAUUAAUUAUGUUGUUUCUAAGGAGAAUAGGAAGGUGUUUAGUCAGACCUAUCAUUAAAGUGCAUUUAUGUUCCAUAUUUAAGUUUGUGACAAUAGAUUUGUAUUUAUUUAAUGAAACAUUUGAAACUGAGAUGAAGGGCAAGAUAGAAGAUAUGUAUAUUAAUUAUUCACAUGAUGGCUACAUCUGAAGUUUUUUAAGAGGAUGGUUUUUAUAUCUUCUGUAAUAAAUGAGAGAAAAAAAUCUAAUCAAAUCUUUUUUCUUUCAGUUAUAUUUGUGAAU